GCACAUCUUUGCAUCACCAAUUGAGCAGCUCUCGUUUUGCAGUUCUAGCUAGCUAGCCACUGAUCUCUCAGCCAUGGCUUCCACUUCGGGUCUCCUCGCCACGGUGCUCGCCAUGGCCGUCUUGCUCGCCGGCAGCAGCAGCAGCUGCCAAGCGGCGCGCCAUCUCGCCGACGCAACACCUCCCGCUGCUGUGCCGGUGCCUACCGUGCCCGCUGUCACCUUGCCACCGAUGCCGGCCAUUCCUGCCGUCCCGGCGGCGACCCUGCCGCCGAUGCCGGCGGUGCCAACCGUGCCGAACGCCGCGUUGCCGCCCAUGCCGGCCGUGCCCAAGGUGGCGCUGCCGCCGAUGCCCGCGGUGCCGGCUGUGCCUACAGUCCCCGCGGUGCCCGCUGUGCCGGCGGCGAGCUUGCCGCCUAUGCCGGCCGUGCCCGCCGUGCCGAACGCCGUGUUGCCGCCGAUGCCGGCCGUGCCGAAGGUGACGCUGCCGCCGAUGCCGUCGAUGCCGGCCGUGCCCAAGGUGACGCUGCCGCCGAUGCCAUCCGUGCCGAUGCCAUUCUUGGCGCCACCUCCUUCGGCAUGAGCAUCAGCAGCAUGCUACCUGCAGUGGUCUACAUAAAUUGUGUCAUUUGAUUGGGACUUUUGGUUAUAUAUUUCUCCAUGUUUGAUUUGUUUUCUAUAUAUGUGUGUAAAUGCUUGUACAUUUAUGCGAGUUAUUUGUGAUUUGUUCUAGUUAUUGGGCAUCUUUGUAUAUGGAGGGCUCGGUUAUAAGCACAUGUAAAAUUAUAUAUAUGGCAUUUUUAUUAUAAGUUUCUUUUGGUCA